AUGCAAUUCAACAGAUUCGACCAUCUCGGACCCCUCGUGGCAAAUGUUCUUUUCAACGUCGAGUGCUUUGGAGCGAAUGGCUUUGUGCCUCACGGAGAAUGGCGAUCGGAUGGACAAACGGUCCGGCUUCUAGGGUACAACGUCGCCAAGGCGACCCCUAACAAGUUGUCCCUGCUCCUCCCACUUUGCGCCGACACCCCUGCCCCGGCAGCCACGCGUGACCCGCAGUCGAUCGCGGAGACGUUCGAGCACGUGACCAGUAGCGGAACCGUGGCGUUCGACCCGACCUACGAUUGUAUCGCACGGUCGUCGCUCCUCGCCACUCCCAACGAGCUCGUCAAGUGGGUUUCCGCCUCGACUCUGGUCCCAUUACCGACAGUACGAGGCGGUAUGCCGCGCCUCGAGAGGGUCGAGAAUGCCGGCGAGAAGGUCCUCAAACUUCUCUACAGCCACGGCAAGGGUGAGGUGCGUAUUCGCUGCGCGGGCGCGGGGGCCGCCCGUCUCCGGGCCGGGGGGAAUGGAUCCAGUAUCAUCCAGCUGACGAACCGUGUUCGCCUUCACUUCCAUCGCCGGAGCAGGACUGGGCUGGUCCAGAUCGCAUCGGAACCCGCUACACGACCGAUGAGGCACUCCGACAAAUCGUCCAGGACGGUGCCAACGACUCCAUCAUUAUUGGCAUCGACCUGGGCACGAAAUGUCCUAUGGCCGUUUCGGCUACCCUCUUUGACCGAAAUGAGGUUCAGAUUCAAGACGACGUCGUCGUCUACGCGGAUGCGCUGGACAAGCCGUUGAGGAAGGUGCAGAGCCACGUUCGGAAGCUCUCGGCUGAACUGGCCGGCAGCCUCCGAUUCGGUCACGCCAAACCUCCCGGCCACGCAGCAACCCCUCUUGAGGGACAACGCCCUGCCACCUCGGCCGCCACCCUCGACGGUCCUGCUUCAGCCCCCUCUGACUCGAAUACGACCGAGCGCGACGACGCCGACGCACGCACUCGCGCCGAGCUCGCUCGUGGAUCCUCCUCUCGUCUCCUUCUCGGCGAGCCGGAUCGACAGGCCUGGGCGGCCAAGACCAAUCUCUUAUCCAAGGCUUCGAGAAGGCGCUUCGUCGAGCAGGUGAUGGAGGUUUCAGGUUUGAGAACGAUAGGUUCGUCCUCCGUUUCACGCCGCAGGGAGUCUUCUCGAACAAGUUCAAGCCGGAUACUGAUUGUCGUAUGGAACCUCGUGCUUCAACCUUGUUGUAGAGAGGGCCCGCGAUGACACGUUAAAGCAAGCGGACUUGAGCAAGUUCAAGACCGCAGAGGUCCUCCAACGAAAGGACAUCCUGUCGCCGCGCCAACGUCCGGUGCUGGUCUUCGUUGGCGAGAGAGGCUCGAGUCGUGGAACACAGAAGGCGACGUAUAGGACGAAUGUCCUUUGCCGAGACCUCGUUCAAGAGUUCAACAGAUUGAAAGAGCGAGGAUUCGUCGUGGAGAUCGUCUCGGUCGACGAAUACAAUACCUCCUCGGUCUGCAGCGACCCCACCUGCCGCAACGAGGUGACAGGGGAGCGAUCCCGGUAG